AAGGUGAGGGCGUUUGUCAUAUAAAAGAUGGACACGGGGGCGAGACCACCUGUGGCAAAUCAAAGAUCGAGAGUUGUAUCAUUUUAGUGUGUGACGUUGCUCCAUGCGCGAAGCGCUUGUGCGGUGGUAUGCUAGACACAGCACGCGACGAUAAAGAAGAUGAACAAGGUCAGUGCAUAGAUAACUUUCUAUUCUCGGAAAAGAUCUCACGCUCCAUGCGGGUUACUCCUAAGUGCUGCCAUUCCGGACUCCAGGUUGAGUAACUCCAACCUUUUUAUAGCAAUUGUCCUCGUAGAAGUAGCCCACCGAAACAAAAAACAACAACAUGGUCCUCAUCGAGGAGGUUGAAUCCCCGAAGGCGGCCGACCGCAAGGCCGAGGGGAACGGUUUUUUCGCGAAAAGCCAGUGGUCCGAGGCGAUUCAGUCCUUUUCUGAGGGGAUAAAGAAGAUCCACGACAAAUCGUUGGAUGACCCCUCGGUGCUGUAUAGCAACCGGGCGAUGUGCCACAUGAAGCUGGCCGACUGGAAAUCUGCUCUGACGGACAGCAACGACGCAAUUAGGAUGAACAAGCACAAUGCGAAAGCGUGGAACAGGAAGGUAAAGGGAAGAUUCUGUGUUUGUCAUGGAGAAUCUGCAUCUCACAUCAACAUGCUUUGCACUUGUCAUGCCUGAAGAUCUAGGAGAGACAGAGAGUUGUUGAAAACGAAAACCCAAAGCCACCUCAUCUCCACAGGGCCAAUGUCUGAUGAAGCUGGGUCGCUUGGAAGACGCGAAAAAGGCGUACGAAAUGUCGUUGACCGUCGCUACCGACGCGUUGAGGCCGAGCAUUCUGGAGACGAUCGAGGAGUUAGAGGAGAUGUUGAAGAGCAAGGGAAUAGUUGUAGAUGGGGAGAAUUCAACAUCAGCCUCAGAAACCACAACCACAGCUAGUAGUGCUGCAACGCCGCAGCCCGCGGAGAAGAAGCAGAAAAUUGAGCCAAAAACCACGACCAGCACUGCUUCCACGUCAAGUUCUACGUCCUCGUCUUCCGGAACUUCAACAUCAAAAUCUCAUCAACAGCAGGACUUCGCCCACCCAUCCCUCCAAAUCCAGUACAUCCCACAGAAGGGAAGGGGGAUUAUCACGAAGAACAAAAUCAAGAAAGGCGCACUCCUUAUCUCCGCGCGGCCGGUUUGCAUUGCGCUGAAAUCGGAUAUGAAGGAGAAGAUGAACAACUUGGCGCACAACUCAAAUGAUUUGACCGAAGAAACAGCGAGAUUAGUUCUCCAACUCCACAUAUGCAUUGCAAAUAUGUCUGGGUCUGGAAGAAUUCGAAUUUGUGAUGCGAAACUCUACAUCAUGACAAAAUCUGUCAUGCACGGCUAGCAAAAGGCCUCAGUUCUUGUUACCGAAAGAGGGGACUUGUCAUGCGGAUUAGGCAUUGGGGUACCUGCUCAAAAUCUGUGAUGCUAGAGCUUGCGUGUCAGACUAUUUGGGUCAGGCAAAAACUGCAUGACAGAUCUCGCAUUCUUCCAGACUCACACAUAUUUGCAUUUGAUACCACAACGACUCGAGUAAUAACACGAUAAAGCAGCAGGUUUUGAAAAGGGACGACUUGCCAAUCCCGCCGUCCGUGGAUAGGAUUUUGAUGCGAAACAGCGGGAACGAUUUCAGGACGAAACCGGUGUCGACGGACACGGCCUCGAGGUUGACGCCGAAGGUGAUCUCGGAAAUUUUAGAGGCGAACACGUUCGGGUUUGACGACGGCGACGCAUUGCAGAUAUGCAUUGCAAAUAUUUCUGGGUCUGGAAGAAUGCCACUUGUAAUGCGAAGGCUCGACUAGAAAAAAAUCUGUGUUGCAGGAACGCCAAAAGCUGCCCACUUCUUGCUAGGCACAAAGCGGAUUUGUCAUGCGGGAUCUGCAUCAAGAAGGUCUCGCAAAAUCUGUCAUGCUUGUGCGUGCAUUCCAGACCCUGUGUGUGGUCUACGGCGUGCAUGACAAAUCUUGCAUUCUUCAAGACCCAGAUAUAUUUGCAAUGCAUAGUAGAACGCGACGGACAAAUAUUCCGGGCUGUGGUUACUUCCCUCGUUCAUCAACCACAGCUGUUUGAGCAACGUGAAUAGGCGGGUGUUGUGGAAGAAGGAGGGGACGAAGGAUGAGGUGGAUUAUGAAAUGCAAAAGCUUCGGACUAGUAGUGUAGAAAUCGCAUGACAAAUGCCCUCAGCAUGAUCAAGGAAAUUUGUAUUGCGGAUUUGCCUUAAGAGAAAAAGUUCGUCAUGCAUGGUUGCGAUUACUACGAGCCGCGAUACUUUUGCAAUGCAUACGGAUAUGAACGCGGUAAUGGAGAUACGGGCGGGCAGGGAUCUGGAAGUGGGAGAGGAACUUUGUUUCACGUAUUUAUUUAAAGUUGUUUAGAAGGAGCAGUUUGUCAUUCCAAAUCCGCAUGGUUUCUGACGGUCUGUCUUGCACGCAGAGCAUCUGUAGCUUCGCUUUCUCGACGUCAUGCGUAUUAGAACUACAUCCCAAGAAAUACAACCUAAAAAAUCAGCUACUGCCCCACGACGCAGCCUCUCCACCUGCGCGAAAAAUCCCUCGAGUCCUACGGGUUCAAACCGCAAGAUACCCGCUGCAAGUUAGAACGCAUGCUUAUCCUGAGCAAAAAAUUCCCAACCCCAGAGUUCUUGUCAAGUUGGGAACUUAGCAACACCAAUUCAGAAGUUUUUGGACUCACGCGUGACAAGUUCUCCUCUGUAUGGUAGUGCUCUGCAGUUUCACAAGGGCAGCCGCAUCGCAAAGCCAACUUCUUAUCAUGUUUACAGCAUUACAAAUGCCAAAAAACGACUGAAAAUUCCUCUCAUAGGGAUGCGCAAUACAAAUGUUCCUGUAGUUACAUAGCUGCAUGACAAAUCUUGGGCGGGAGACGUUUUUGCUCAGGAUAAUGCUCCUGAAAGAAUCCUUUGCCGCGGACAUCACCGCAGAGACGAACAAACUCGGCCAGGCGCUGGGCGGUGAGACCUUAUCGCGAGAAAAAACUGUGUUAUUGUAACUUUCUUUGAGGAAUAGCAUCACAAGUUUGCUCUGCAUGACACAGAAAACCUGUCAUGCGUAGCUAGUACGUGAAAACACGCACGAGAAGAGCUUCUAAUGCAUGUCCGGCAUCACAAGUCCAAGUGUAAUUGUCUUUCAUUGUGUGCAACAGUCUUACACAGUUUUUUUAUUGCAUAGACCUUCGCGCAGAUUUACUCCAAGUACGUGGCGCUCCGAAUCAAACUGGAGACGAAAUUGAAGGAGAUUGUGAACUCGGAAGACGUAUCAAAUGCAAAAAUGUCUGGGUCUGGAAGGAUCCGAACUUGUGUGAUGCGAGUAGCGGAUCAUACAAAGAUCUGUGAUGCAUGACUGGCAAAAGGUUCUGACUUCUGGCCAUUCUGAGAGGGUAUUUCUCAUGCAGAAUAGGCAUCACCAAGGGGCUGUAGAACCUGUCAUGCUAGGCCCCGCAUUCCAGACUUGAGGGAGCUUGGAAAAACUGCAUGACAAACUUGCAGUCUUCCAGACCCAGACAUAUUUGCAAUGCAUAAGACGCAACGAAGGCCAUUUUAACCGUGGACAGGACGUUGUCGAAAGCGACGCUCUACUAUCCGCGGAAAAAAAACAUCCCCAUCGUCCAUUUUUUGCAUGACAAACAAAAAACUCUAUACGUGUUUUGCAUGACAAAUUGGAUGAGGAUGGGUUUUUUUCUAGGGAUAUCUACAACUGGUUCUGCGCCUCUUUCACCUCCGUGUUCGCCGCGCAGGCGAUGUUGGCGUCGCAAAUCCAGGAAGCAGAUUCCGCGUAUUUGCACAGGAAGGCCGCGAUGAUAGUGGCGUCGGUUUUUCCAGCCUGUCCGUACGAGGCGCAUUUUUUGAAGGGCGCGGGCGAUUUGGAAGAGGCGCAAUUCGUGUUUGGGUGUGUGGCAGGUACUAAUUUAGCGGUAGUGGUUUUAUUCAGUGUUUUGCUGUGUUUUUCAUGCAGAAGAAACAAAGCGCGCAGUCUUUAGUUUUAUCAUGCAUUGUCAUGCUAGAGAUACUUACAUCAUCAUACGACACGAACUAAACCCAGGUAUGAAAGAGCCACAGUUCGUGGAAAGGUAUCCGGAGACUAAGGGAAAGAAAUACGAUCCGACGCCAGUUCUUGAAUGGGAGACAGUGGAUGCGGAAGGUAUGAAAAAAGUUCGAUUUUGUCAUGCGAAACUGUGCAUACUAGAUUCUUUUGUCAUGCAGACAACCACGAUCAUUUGCGAUGCAAACAAGCAAGCAAAAAGCUCCACACUUGAUGUUCUGCAAAUCCCUCAAGGUCAACCGCCGUUGUACAUCCUCGAAAUCCCCGACUGCAAGGAUUCCUCCACCGCGAAAGUUAGCCUCUCAGCGACGGAACUUUGCAUCAAAGUCGACAACAAGAAGGAGCGCUACUGCUGCUUGCCCGUGGACGCGAAUUAUUUGCUCGGUGCGGAGCCGGUGGCGAAGUCAAAAACGGAACUGGUGAUCACCAUGGGAGUGAACCGGGUGAUUUGAAAUUAUGGUGGAAGGUGCUGGCGCAGCUUUAUCCAGAUGUUUAUUGUUCUUCACGGAAAAUUUAGUUCUACCAUCACCAUUUUUCUCAUGUGGAUGUCGAGAAUGUACAUUUUAUCACUCAACGUAGCGGUUUAGGUUUUUUCUAGAGCCAGUGUCAGUGAGUCUGUGGGAAUUAGUGUUUACAGAACCGGGUGGAGGGUCCUCAAUGUGUUAAUUUAGAUACCAUCGAGCAGCAGGCAAAGUCGAACGUAGCCGCCCUGUUCUAGUGCCUCAACACAACGGUUAAGUCUUUCGUCUAUGGUCCACCGCAGGGUUCUUUUUUCCACUAAGAAUUUUGAACAAGGACAAGGGCCAGACAUUGCUGAAUAUCAAACAGGUUGGGGGGAGUAGAUCAUACGCAAGAAUGAAAAGCGACUGUGAGAUAGCAACUUUCCGAAGCCGCUCCUGUGACAGCUCUUUCCGAAGCUGCUUCUGUGAUAAAGAUUUUCUUGCGGGCCUGGGG